AUGGCCUCGCCACCCCAGGACCCAGCUUCACUGAAGUUCCGCAACCUACUCAUCACACUCUCAGUCAACCCUACUAAGUACGAAAACCCAGGCCUGCUGGACGAGGCAUUGGCGGUCAUACCCUUAGAUCGAAUCUAUAGCGAAGCAGAAGACGAGAGUCAAUUGCUGCAAGCUGAAGCAGCCAGCACUGGUCCUAACGCAAAGCCGCAAUGGGGGUACCAAGACUGCGUUAUCCGAGCUCUUUUAAAGUGGUUCAAGCGCAGCUUCUUCCAAUUCGUCAACAACCCUCCAUGUACCGUCUGCGGAUCACCUACACUUGCGAAUGGGUUCGCCCCUCCCACGCCUGACGAAGCUGCCCGGGGCGCCGCCAAGGUGGAGUCAUAUCGCUGUUCGAGUACCGACUGCAAUGCGCUGGAAAGGUUUCCUCGAUAUGGUGAUGUGUGGGCGCUGCUGCAAUCAAGAAGAGGGCGGUGCGGGGAAUGGGCCAACUGCUUCAGCAUGCUCUGCCGUGCUGUCGGAGGUCGAGUGAGGUGGGUGUGGAAUGCUGAAGACCAUGUAUGGACAGAGGUGUACUCGGAGCAGCAGAGGCGAUGGAUCCAUGUCGAUGCUUGCGAGGAAGCUUGGGAUAACCCUCGGCUGUACUCAGAAGGCUGGGGCAAGAAGAUGUCUUACUGCAUUGCCUUCUCCAUCGACGGGGCUACAGACGUGACUCGUCGCUACGUGCGCAACGCCGCAAGUCACGGAGUAGAGCGCAAUAGAUGUCCCGAGGAAGUCCUCAUGUUCAUCACCAACGAAAUCAAACGGAUGCGACGGGAGACCAUGCUUAAAGACGAGCGGAAGCGACUCCUCAUUGAAGACGAAAGAGAAGAGAGGGAGCUGCGGGGAUUUGUCGUACAAGCACUUGCCGCGGAAAUCGGCAAGAUGUUACCAACGGGUCGAAAUGGAGGCGGCGAAGAGAUCAAGGUUCCCGAGCAGGCAGCAAGGAGGAGUGGAGCUCAGGCCUGGAGAGAGGCGAGAGGAGAGAAUGGUGGGGACGAUACUGGACGAGAUCGACCACCAAGAGAAGAUCACUGA